AGGAAAGGGGGGAGAUUUGGCAGGGACCAAGAAGAGUCACAUGGAAAGGAAAGAAGGAAAAUGACAGAUCAGAGGAGAAGCCAUGAAGCAUCUUCAGGACUGAAAAAAAAGAAGCAGGAGGAGACGCGUGAAGAGAAAGAGUUAGAGUCACAGACAAGAAACUGAGGAUGACAAGUGCUGAAGGACGGAGAGAGAAAGAGGAGAUUGGACAGAGCAGACAGGAGUGUUAAAAACUAAAAAAAAAACAAAAGGACGCAGGAGGAGACGAAGACGAGGGAAAAGGCUGAAUUAACUGAAGCUGACAAAAGGAAAAGAGCAGAUUGUCAGAGUGGGAAGAGCUGAAAGAGGAGGAGAGAAGCACAAAGAAGGGAGUGGAGAAGACGCUGAGGGGGAGAGAGAGCAGAGGAGAGGAGGAGUGAGGAGAGCUGAGAAAGAAAAGGAGAAGAAAAAAAGCAUGUGGAGGGGGGGGGACACUGAGUCCACUGGUGUCUUCUCAGUCUCUCUGAUGUCGCUGUGAAACCCUCUCGAGCUCCACUGCUGCUGCUGCUGCUGCUGCUGCGAGACCGAACGCUAUCAGGACGGAGCAGACAGCUGCCAAGCCCACUGACACACACACACACACACACACACACACACACACACACACACAGAAAGCGAAGGCGCUCCCCAGCACUGUUGGAUAUGACUCGUCCGCUGAGGCAGUUUGGUGUGGUGGACUUGGAGUGACAGUUGGGAAUAACUGGUUCUUCAUCGAGUCAGUGUCGUGUGGAGAUGAAGUGACAGAACCAGGAUCUGAACAGAGGCGACGUCACUGCUUUUCAUGUUUCCAUCGGACACAACACAACAACAAAGAUGUCGGUGAAGCUGCGAUUCGACUCUCCGUCAGAUGGAGGUUUGGUCCACAGGAGCCGCUCCUUCACCGGGUUCAGCUCCAUCAGCGGACGACGACGGUCGUCCUCUCGUAACUCUCUUCGCUCCAAAGCCAUGACGGGGGCUAAAUCUCCCAGGACGCACCUGUCUCCCAGUAGAGGGGGAGGGGGCAUCUGGUCUCUGCAGCCGGAGCAGGUCGACAGGGUCUUCCAGGCGCUGCGCAAAGGACUCAAGGAGUAUCUGGAGGCUCACCAGGCAGAGAUGGACUUCCUGUCUUCACAGCAGAGAGAGACCAAGAGAAACUCCAGACUGGCCUUCCUCUAUGAUCUGGAAAAGGAGAUCAGAGCGCUGGAGAGAUACAUCCGACGAUUAGAAUUUCAAAUCAGCAAGGUGGAGGAGCUGUAUGAGACGUAUUGUAUACAGUGGAGGUUGUGUCAGGGAGCGGUCAACAUGAAGAGAGCCUUCUCUCUGUCCCCGUCCACCAGAGCCUCCAGAGAGAGUCUGCUGGAGCUCAACCGCAACCACAGACACAGCCUGCAGGACAUGUCAGUCAUGGAGGGAGAGUUAGAAAUCCUCCUAGGAGAGCUACACAUAAAAAUGAAAGGUCUGAUCGGCUUCGCUCGUCUCUGCCCCGGGGACCAAUACGAGGUGGUGGUGCGGUUGGGCCGCCAGCGAUGGAAGAUCAGAGGGAGGAUCGAAUCAGACGACACACAGUCCUGGGAGGAGGAGGAGAUGAUCUUCCUCCCACACAUACACCACAACUUUGAGAUCAAGGUGACGGAGGCAAAGGGUUUGGGUUGGCUGCUGGUUGGCAUGGUAACGUGUGCGAGCGCAGACUUCUUCAUGGCGAGGCCACAGCUGAUGUUGGUGGACAUCACGGAACUGGGAACUAUCAAACUGCAGCUGGAGGUCACCUGGAAUCCGUUUGACAGCGCUGAGAAGAUGAGGCCGCUGUCUGUCAGCAGGCAGUCGGUGUCCAGCAGGAAGAGUUCAGUUUACAGCUGGACCACACCGAGCACCCCCUCCUUCACCGAGAAAUACUUUAUAUCGAUGGUGCGUGACCUUCAGGAUCGAGAAGGUUCCCUCCCGUCUCUGGUGUCUAAAAGUCGCCAUAACAGAGGAGGCGUGUCUCUGCUCAGCUACCUGUCCGACCCCUCGCACACCUCCAUCACGUCAAACCACAGCCCGAAAAGCCCCUACACCCCCAGUCUCACGAGGACUCACAGCUACCCCUCCAGCCCCAGUCAGGGCCCCAGUCUGGGAGGGAGCCAGACUCAGCUGUCCCUCGGUGAGGAAGGAUCCCUAGACGUCUCUACAGAAGAGAGGGAGAUGAGGAAGAGGAUGGAUGAGAGCAAGGAGGAGGAGGAGGAGUGGGGAGGAGUGUUAGAGACUCCCUCUACACCAGUAACCAGUAAGACAGGAUCCCUGCUGGAUCUGCAGAGGUCCAGUACUCCCGACAUCCUCAGAAAGAACACAGCUGGAGAACCAGAUGCUGAGACGCACAGUGUAGCCCUGGGGCAGGACACUGUCAGUGUGCAGGACUCCCCAGAUUGUCAGUCGUAUUCUGCCCCAGCCUCACCCACACCCCCAACCGAGCCCCCAGCUGUUGCCCCAUCCUCAACCACGACGGCCGCUCCGACCCCGGGGCGGUCGGGGGUGAGCAGUGCCCAGCGCAGGGCCCAGGCCCUCAGGCUGGGAGUCCUGAUCACAGAGCUGGAGAAGACAUUACAGAACCAGAGUCUGUCUGAGAAGGAGCUGAGAGCCCUGGACCACCAGAUACUGCACCUGGCAACCAUACUGAAGAACGACCUCUCCCUGUUGAGAAGCUCCUCAUCGGAGGAGACUCUGGCUGUAGAGGAAGUCCUGGGCAGCUUUGACUUCUUGUCACAUGACUUCAAUGCAGAUGAUGACACUUCCUGUUUGGGCAGCCUGAGACUGAAAGACAGUGGCAUCAGCUCCUUCCAGCAGAGCACUCUGAGGAGCCUCGGCCUCCUCUCCCAGGACAGCCAAUCAGCUUCUGAGGAAGAACUGGUCAUUGCCCCUCUGACUUCUGGGAAUUGGGGUCUUGACCAAGCUCUAGAGACUCACCUGGAUAUUUGCAUCAUCCUGUUGCAGACGAUAAAGACGACUGACUUCAGCCCGUCCAGGAGGGACCUGCUGGAGGAAAUGGCUCUUCAGGCUGAAGUCCUGGACACGGUCAGCUGUCUGAUGCUGCAGAAGAACGACAACAUCUCUGCUCGUGACAUCCUCCCUAAGGACCAGAGAACGAGGGAUGUUUUGUUGUUCUGGGAGGAUUGUGUGAACGACAGCAGCUCUCCUUUCUGUUGCAACUCCAGCAGCUUCUCCAGGACGCUAAAGAAACGUUACACGCACAAGGUGAAGGCCAAGCAGCCCGGCCAAUCAGAAAAAGUGUUUUCUCAGCUCCUGCAGCAGGUCCAGACGGCCUGUCGCGUGGUGCCCAGCCCUCGGCCGGUCUGCAGCCCAGACAGGGUCACCCUCUUCCAGCUGUCCGUGUAUCUGAAACGCUGGAGCAUCCAGGAGCUGGGAGAGCACAUCUCCUACGUCUCCAAAGAAGAGUACAUCCUGUCGGCCCUGAGGGGCCCCAAACGAAGGCGAGCUUUAAACAACCUGAGAGGGCGGAGCAUCGCAGAGUUCCUCCCACUGCGCUGUACGCUGCAGACGCUGGCCGCCCUGCUGAUCGACUCCAACCACAAAGUCUGUAAAGCUGCUGCCAACUGUCUCUGCAGAGCUGCAGGCUGCAAGGCCUUCAGGAGCAAGGCGGUGGUUUAUUACACAGAGAGUUUAAAAAGCACCGAUGUUCAAAUCCAACAAGGCUCCUGUCUGGCUCUUAAAUGCCUCAGGGCGGCAGAGAGUGUGGACCACAUAGCAGAUUUGUGGACAUCAGCGGAUGAAGAUGUUCGCAGCGCUGCCAGAGAGACUGUCCUCUCCUUUGGUAAAAAGGGCUACCUGGCCUUCCAGAGGAUGGACCAGCUGUACACUGAGAUGCAGGAGGAGGCUUAUCAGAACCAAGAGACUCAGAUUACAAUUCUAUAGGAAACAUGUCUGGAACUAAGAUUUAAUGACGAGCCAAUGUGAAAAGUCUCAGUGAUCCUGAGCGUCAGGGCGAGAGACUAAACUACAACCAAGUUUGUGUCUGAGCUGGAUGAAGUUUACGAGCCUGCAGUGAAGGGGAAUGCCAGGACGAGGUCUUACUUUCCGGGCUAACAGUGAUUUUCUUUUCAGAAAUCUGUGGUACCUUGAGAAUUACAGACACCAAAGGGACGAGUGCAGAGGACGAUCCGAUGAACCGAUCUCUGACCCACGGAUGGCAGAUUUUUGCUCCACAGCUCCUGUGACCAGAGAAGUGAUUUUACUGGGAACAUGGAAAAUGUUAUUCAAAUAUGUAAAGCUUUGUUUUUGUUUUCUUUUGUUUUUUUUUUUAAAGGAGAAGCUCUGCUCUUUAUUACAGCACCAUUUAGUUAUUUAACCAGAUAAGAUGCUAUGAGCAGCUUAGAAACUAUUCCUGCUUUUACAGUGUUGGGAUUUACUUUAAACAGCCAAUCUACGUGGUUGUUUUACUGGAAAAUGAAGGAUAAAUAUAUUUUUAAAAAAAUGUCCAAACUAUCAUGUGAACAUUAAACCUUGAUGGGCCAAAUAAAUCCUCUAAAGCAGCUGCAAACAGUGCAAACCUGCCACAGGCUUUUUUUUUCUCUGAGCUCUAUUCACUGUCUUUCUUUUUGUGAGCGAAUGCGUAGCAGAAGGGAAACAAAAUGGCUGCUGAACUGUUUCCAAACAGGAGCUGAGACACUGAAGGAUGCCAGAGGAUUACCGUACAAACGACUCUGACCAGCAGCCAAACUCUUCUUUUCUAAAUCUGUAACCGUGGGGCAAAAUGGUGACGUUUGUGAGCGAGUUUCCUGGCGUGCAGCUGCAGGAGGCUGUGGGCUGAUGAACGUGUGGAUUUUACAUGUUGUCCUGUGAGAUACAUGUACCCAAUGAUUUGCAUUGAUUUAGUUUGAAGGAUGUGACAGAAUAGUUUUUGGCCUGAAUGUAAUUUCUGGUAACACUU